AUGGAGAUCCUCCAGAAUCGUAUCGACUCGUUUACGCGUUCAAAGCGCGUAAAAAAUGGCCAGAAAACAACCGUUGCACUCAAAUGGCCCCAUCCGUCCGCCUUCCAGGCGAAUCCAGAGACGUUGGCAGAGGCUGGUUUCUAUUACGACCCCAGCCCAGAGGACAGGGACAGUGUUACCUGCUACAUGUGCAGCAAGCAGCUCAGCGAAUGGGACAGUGAUGAUGACCCGUUCGAUAUUCACUAUCGCAAAUGUGCAAAGACUUGUUCUUGGGCAGUGGUCCGAUGUGGUUUGCGAAAUGAUGUAGACAAUCAGGGAAGAUUUGUGUCCCAGAAUAAGAAUCGCCUGCCUCUAUCCAAGGCGAUGGAGAAGGCUCGACUUGACACCUUUACCUUCGACGAUGGCUGGCCUCACGAUAGUACCAAGAACGGAUGCACCUCGAAGAAAAUGGCGCGUGCUGGCUUCAUAUACAUGCCCCAAGAACCGGGGGACGAUCUUGCUACGUGCUUAUAUUGCGGCGUCUCCUUGAGUGGAUGGGAUGAUGAUGAUGAUCCAUGGUGCGUCUUCCCUUCUUUUCUCUCGUUCUUAUUCUCAUAUAUUCUAUAG